GCGCGAUCUCGCGGGAUCGCUCAGCUCUCGUGGCGAGUCCCGGGCCGGCCCGGGAGUGGCCGCAGGUGGUGGGGCCGGCGGGCUGGACGCGCCGAGACGGGCGCGCGGCGCGAGUAAUUGACCCAGGACGCAGGAAAAAGCGCUUCCUUCAACAUGGUCAAAUAAGGAAAAGGGAGGAAGGGACGUGAGCGUUUUCCACCCCCGGAUGGAAGCGAGAGCCUGAAAAAUUCAGAGCCACUGGUGGCAGCCCCGCGGUGAAGCCCGGGGCUGGGGGGAAGGAUGGGAAACUGUGCGUUCCUGUGGGCAUGCGCGCUGCUCCCCCUCGUGAGAGGGCACAGCCUCUUCACCUGUGAGCCCAUCACCGUGCCCCGCUGCAUGAAGAUGCCCUACAACAUGACGUUUUUCCCCAAUCUCAUGGGUCAUUACGACCAGAACACUGCUGCUGUGGAAAUGAAGCAUUUUCUUCCUCUUGCAAAUCUGGAAUGUUCACCAAACGUUGAAACUUUCCUUUGCAAAGCUUUUGUACCCACCUGCACUGAGCAAAUUCAAGUGGUUCCACCCUGUCGUAAAUUUUGCGAGAAAGUAUAUUCUGAUUGCAAAAAACUACUUGACACUUUUGGAAUCAGAUGGCCUAAGGAACUUAAAUGUGACAGACUGCAAUACUGUGACGGGACGGCUCCUGUAACUUUUGAUCCGCAGACACAGCUUCUUGAUCCUCAGAAAAAAACAGAGCAAGUGCAGAGAGACAUUGGCUUUUGGUGUCCCAGGCAUCUUAAGACUUCUGGGGGGCACGGCUAUAAAUUUCUGGGCAUUGACCAGUGUGCACCUCCAUGCCCCAACAUGUAUUUUACAAGCGAUGAACUCGAGUUUGCAAAAAGUUUUAUCGGGAUUGUUUCUAUAUUUUGCCUCUGUGCAACACUCUUCACAUUCCUUACAUUUUUAAUUGACGUUAAAAGAUUCAGGUACCCGGAGAGACCAAUCAUCUACUACUCCGUCUGCUACAGCAUCGUGUCGCUCAUGUACUUUAUCGGAUUCUUGCUGGGCAAUCGCACGGCCUGCAAUAAGGCCGAUGAAAAGCUUGAAAUUGGGGAUACUGUGGUUCUCGGCUCCCAGAAUAAGGCCUGCACCAUCUUGUUUAUGUUUCUCUAUUUUUUCACCAUGGCUGGCACUGUGUGGUGGGUGAUUCUGACCAUUACUUGGUUCUUAGCAGCAGGAAGAAAGUGGAGUUGUGAAGCCAUUGAACAGAAGGCCGUGUGGUUUCAUGCUGUUGCGUGGGGCACGCCAGGCUUCCUGACCAUCAUGCUUCUGGCUAUGAACAAAGUUGAAGGUGACAACAUUAGUGGAGUUUGCUUUGUCGGCCUCUAUGACCUGGACGCUUCACGUUACUUCGUUCUUCUGCCGCUGUGCCUUUGUGUGUUUGUGGGCCUGUCUCUUCUUCUAGCUGGCAUCAUUUCCUUAAAUCACGUCCGACAAGUGAUACAGCACGACGGCCGGAACCAAGAGAAGCUAAAGAAAUUUAUGAUUCGAAUAGGAGUCUUCAGUGGCCUCUACCUUGUGCCUCUAGUGACGCUUCUGGGGUGUUAUGUCUACGAGCAGGUGAACAGGAUUACAUGGGAGAUCACGUGGGUCUUGGACCACUGCCGUCAAUACCACAUCCCGUGCCCUUACCAGGCAAAAACAACCCGACCAGAAUUGGCAUUAUUUAUGAUAAAGUAUCUGAUGACUCUGAUUGUUGGCAUCUCUGCUGUCUUCUGGGUUGGAAGCAAAAAGACUUGCACGGAAUGGGCUGGAUUCUUUAAGCGAAAUCGCAAGAGAGACCCCAUCAGUGAGAGCCGCAGAGUCCUGCAGGAGUCCUGUGAGUUUUUCUUGAAGCAUAAUUCUAAAGUCAGACACAAAAAGAAGCACUACAAACCAAGCUCACACAAGCUGAAGGUCAUUUCCAAAUCCAUGGGCACCAGCACGGCAGCGACCGCCAAUCAUGGCACUUCUGCCAUCGCCAUCACCAGCCACGAUUACCUGGGACAAGAAACAGCAACCGAAAUGCAGAUCUCACCAGACACCUCAGCGAGAGACAUGAGGACUGAGGGUGUGAGCACCCCCAAUAAAUUAAGGGAGCAGGAAGGCGUGGAGCCUGCUUCCUCCCCAGCCGCCUCCAGCGUCAGACUCUGCGGGGACCAGGCAGACAGGCCUGGCCGGGCCGGCACCGUCCAUGACAAGAUCAGCUUGUCUGGGAGUGCACGGAGUGAAGGAAGGGCAACUCCCAGAAGUGAGGUGGCUGACUCGGGCCCAGCACCAGGAAACCUUUUGCAGGUCCCCAGUUCUUCCAAGCCAAGUAGCCUCAAAGGCUCAGCAUCGUUGCUCCCUCAGUCAGCAUCGGAAACGCGAGAGGAGCAGGGUGCAGGCACCUGAACCCCCCAACUUCUCCUGCGAGUCUACUUACACUGGAGGUGACCAGGCCACCAUCUUCCAGAAACUGUGACUAGAAUUCUCCUUUUGCACUUCAAGCCAUGUUGCUUGCUGUUACACUGGAAUCCAGAGUCCAAGGAUCAUACACUGCAUCCUUCAGCUGUUAGCAAUGGCGAUGCAGCAGGAAAAUGUGUAGGCCCGUCAUGUUGUUUUUAAUCGUGUGGGAGAAGGAAGUAGAGGAAUCUUUUCUCUUUCGGAAGAUUCUACUGUGGUUAAAAGUGUUUUAGGAUGGAAUAGGCUAUUCACUUUUUGUGGUAUAAAAUCGAGUUUUUCAUGGCAGAAAUAUUUAAAGCUUUGUAUCUUUUUAUAUAUAUAUUUGCAAAGAACUUUGUAUGUUUUUGAAAUUUUUUAGAAAUCCUGGGAAAACUGUUCAGGUAUUUUUAUUAUAGUAGUCUGAUUUUAUUUUAGCACUCAUUAGGGACUUCUACACUGUAUUUCUUUUGAAGCAUCAAAAACUGUAAAAACACCACUGUGAUAUAAAGGGAAUUCAUCUUUACAAAUACACACACACAUCUUCUCAAGUGUGUGAAUUUUUAUAAAGUUUUAUGGUUUUAGGAAGCUUGCAGAUCCGUCAUGCAGCUGAAAUAAGGUGCUCCUAGGUGUCCCUCUUGAUUGUAUUUUGCUGC